UGAACCUAUCUAUCCAUAGCCCUUGCUUGCUUGCUUGCUUACCCCGACCGCCUCAUUGCUAUCUGAAUCCAAACUCCGAACCGCUUACAUAGUCCUAAUAAUCUCGCAGUCGCCACGCGUUGUCGGAUACCCGGAGCAAAGAGAGAGAGAGAGGGUUGUGACCCUCUUUUCGAGCCAACAGCUGAGAGGGACACCCGACAGGAAGGCGGCGCCGUCUCUCCCUCCCCUUCUUUUUCACCUGGAUUGAUUCCAGCGAUCUACCUAUUUCUGCUGCAGCAAGAUCAUUCGCUGGUUCAUAUACACAUAGUCUUGCAUCCCUCGUCGAAGGAUAUACCUAUAAUCAUAAUAGAUAAAUAAUAUUGUUUUGAUCCGGCAAGGGGGGAAAAAAGAGGCCACGAAGGGGAAGAGAAAGAGAGAAAGCGGCAACAGCAAUAUUGGUCGCUACCUCUGCUACCAUGACGAGCAGCGUAGACAAGGGAACGAUGGUCGGGAGCGAUAACAGCAAGGACGCACCGUCCAAACCUCGACAGGUACCCGCCAAACGACCUCCUUUCCCUACACCGGCUCCAUCCGCGCUACAACCUGCUACCACCGCACCAACUUCUUCUUCUUCUUCUUCUUCUUUACCCAGCAGUUCUCGCGUCACGUCUCCACUGGCAUACACGUCUGUUAUUGAUUCUCCCCUCUUACCAUUUAUCCCAUUGGCAGCGCCUCAGAUUGGUAAUAUCCGAGCAGGUCUAAAGCGGAGGCGGUCUUCUUUCCCGCCAGCGGCUAUUCCAGGAUCUUCUCUAGCUCACGAAUACCCUUGGGUUGUCGGUGGAACGCCAGCCGGCAAGACCUUCCACCACGAUAUCAAAGCGGACUGGAACGUGCCUUUACCCGUUCCCAAUCUCGCCCCCGAAACUGUCAAUUCCAACGUUCCGACAUUCUCCUCACUGCUCCAUUUCGACCCAACACCAUUGCACACACCAACAAACCUUUUGUCAUCCCUCUUGUUCCCUACCGUCCAAUCUGCAGACUCUGCCAAUGUCAUGGUUCCCAUUGCGGAUUCGAGUGUUGGUGGCCCUUCAACCCCGAAAGACACACCACGCAGCCCGGGCACCAUCGCUCGCUUUGGUGCAGACUUGGCUUGGAAGACAAUCCUAGGCAGCGUAGUGGAGGUCGAAGGCGUGGGUGAGAUAGAAGUGACAAAGGUGAUGCUAGAGGUUUGGAGAAGAGGCGGAGGCGAUGUCGUCACGAGUCAAAAUCUCUGGCUCAACAUUGUCAUUGCCCUCCAACUCCCAUCCCAGACGGUCGGUGCGCGUAUACCCACACCUUCUACCGAGUCUGCUGCCGCCUUGCAAAAGGUGUACAACCUCACCUUACGGCCAUGGGAGGCAUCCAUCUUCUGUGGACUGCUUGCCAACUACACGAGCCCCUCCUCAGCUUCAUCCUCAGGACACCGACGAGCAUCGACGCCGGUCUAUGGACCCGCGACACCAACCAAGGAGCUCGACCUAUCUCAGUGGACCAAUUUUUCUCCUGGUACGAAUGAUCUAUCCAGCUUGUUGGGUGUAGGCAUCACACCGAAGCACACAAUCAACGUGCCCUCAUCUUUGGGUCAAUUCGAGUUUCAUGCCGAGGCCGACCGUCGCACAUCUUCUGCAGAACAGUCUGUCAAUGGGCUGGAGGCUUUGCUGGCUGAGAUUGAGGAGGGUCACGCGGCGAAUGAAAGGGCGGCUGUGACAGAGGACGGGGAGACAGAAAACACCUAUGGAAACGAUGUCCUCUUCAAGGCAAAGCGAGCGCAACCUUCCCGUCAACCAUCACUUUACCAACUGCCGACACCCAACACUGACACCACUUCUCCUGCCGGUCUCGAACGGAGACAUUCUUCCUCUGCGCCAGGAUCCUGUGCCUUGAGCCCUGAGCACGCCGCUUCGCCCUAUGUGACUGCUUCGACGACGGCAUCAGCAGUCUCCAGAGCGAUACCGUCUGUCGCGGCUCCCGCGGCUACCGAAGGAUCUCAAGGACCUAGAGUCGCACCCCCAACAUCUGUACCCAUGCCCACCUCCACAUUCGUGCCACCACCUCCCAUGUGCAUGUUUUUCUCACCUCAAUUCCGAGAUUUGGAGAAGGGGAAGGUCGGUGUGUGGAAGGGAGAUCUGGAAAUCACAGGCAGAGGAGGCGGGCGUUUCUCAAUUCUGAUUGUCGGAGAGGAAAAUACUGGGCACUUAUGGCAAUCCCACCUGUGGCCCACCAAGAUUUCAUAUCCCCCGGAGCCCGCGGCCGAGGGACAGACGACAACCUCUUCGUGUACUAGUACUAUGAUACCGGUAUCGCACUUGGCGAGAGAAGGCUUCACUCCGAUCACCAUGGGCAUGGUACUAUGCAAUGAUGCUAACAUAUCAGAGUAUGUCGCGAUGGUCCAAGGUUUCCACGCAGAGGGCGUUGCGUUCCACCUACCAAACCCUGCUAAACUCCCCAUUGUCUUCCUUCCCGCCAAAUUUGAUUCCGCCGAUCCGCUUCAGCGUCUAGGUAUCGCCUUCAUGUCGAAACCCGGUAUGCCGUUACCUAAACCAGUCUCCAUCGCGGUCAAGCAGCAGGCAGCCAAGACGGUGGCGGCCGAGCAAGACAGGAAGCGGAAGAGGCAACGUCGUCAGAGUGCGCCAGCCAAAGCCUCGGUCGGAUCACAUCGACGGCGCAAGAGCGAGAUCAGUGAGAAUGACGGACCGGAAGUGGUCCGUUUGGAUUCGCCCAAGGAGAGUGCAAUCGACGAAGAAGAGGAUGACUGAGGACGGGAAGCAACACUUUCCUUCUGACAUUGGUAUAAUACAGCAACAAAACAUGAUGGGGCUUGGCCCUCUGCACACAUGGGUCUCUGGUCAGACGCCCUCAAAUACACGACGACACAGACACACGACAUUUAACGACGGAUCCGGCAUCACACAUGGGCAUAUACACGCAGAAGGGCAGACAGUCCAGUCCGUAUCGGGCUCCGGACCGUUUUCAGCGAUGAAGAGUAUAAUAUACACGUCUACACUCUAUCGCUUGUGCAACACAGGCUUUGAACAUAUGUAUACUACAGACCUCUUCUCGAAUC